AUGGUUAAAUCGCUCCGCUAUGCCGCUAUCGUCAACAUCGUCACUCUCGUCGUUUUCUUCAUCUACCUCGUAACCUCACUCUACCUGAUUCUGCGCCAAGGCCUGGGGCGGAGCUGGCCAUGGGUCUGGCUUACGGCAUUAUGUGUUUGCCGGCUGGUGCAGGUGUCCAUGGAUUUGGCGACCACACAGCUCACGCCCAUCGCAGUCGACGUUUCUAAUACAAGCGUUUCGUCCGGCGUUGCAAUUCUUACCUCUAUGGGCCUCACACCACUCUUCAUGUCAACCAGCAGUCUUCUCAACACGACGACCAAACCGAAAGGACGCCGUAUGCAAUGGAUCUUGCUUUUUGUGCACGUUCCUCUCAUCAUUUCAUUCAUCCUCAUAGUAGCUGGUGGUAUUGAUCCGGACUCUCGCGACAACAGCCCUACGUUCUCGGCAACGGAGGCAACAAAGGCUGGCAUCGGUCUUUACAUCGUCUGUUUCUUAAUCCUUAUUUGGGCUACAGCAGUCAUCUCAGCCCGUCUCUAUCUCGCGGAUUCUCAAGAAGUCAAGAUUCUGACUACUGUUGUCCUCAGUCUGCCAUUCUUCGUCGUCGAUAUCGUCUAUAUGACAUGCUUCGCAUUCGAAAGCUGGGUCGACAAAACUUCUGACAUGCGAUUCAACGUUAUUUCCGGCGAUGUUACGACUCAAUUGUGCAUGCAAGUAAUCAUGGAGUACAUCGUCGUCGGUCUCUACUUAUUUCUUGGGCUGGAACUUCCUAGCAAGGCUGCCCGCAUCAGGGAACAGAUUGAAGAGGUUAAAGAGAUGAGUGCGGAUCAGCUCCAAGAAACCAUCCUUUGGAAGCUACACGAGGCCAUUUCACGAGUUGUAGCUGCGAUGAUCAUGCCGGCCCUCAGAUUCUCACACUGGAUGCUGGGGAAGAUUUUACGCUCUGGCCAACCCACCUGA